GUCAGAUUUGAGAAAGUUGCACCUGUCGCAAAGUACAGCGAGCGUGGGAGUUCGUGUCAAUGCGCAUGCGCCAUGGAGCAGGAAGAAUGGAAUCUGAGAAUGAACCCCCCCCCCCCCCCCCCCUCGAUGUCGGCUUCAUAAAAAGUUCUGCACAUCGGUAUAUAUUGAGAGCGGCGAUGUCUAUCAUUCGUAAACUCUUUUUGACUUUUCGGCAUAAACAAGAUUAAUAGGUCUCUCUAAUCCAAACGUCAGUGUCAAUUUGAGCUCCUUGACGUGACUUUGGUGCAAUAUGGCGGCGGCAUCAUAUUUUCUGAUCAGUUUACUGGGCUGCUUUCUUUGUGUAGCUACAACUUCGCCGAUUAAUCAAGAUGAGGCAACAACCGCAGAAAGUCUGGCAGAACUUUCUCAAGAUUUCCAUGAAUUAGUGAGCGUAUUGAGACAGAUAAUUCCCGGACUUCAUCAGUCUCAAGAACCAGCUUCGGAAACAAUCGGAAAUGGCAACGUCGAAGAGCUCCGAGACUACCUCGUGAACAACUUGAAAGUUCGGAACCGCCGAAAUAGCGAUACGUCACUGUCGGCUCUUUCCGGAACCUUUACGAACGAGUCGGACGCUGUGACCGGUGUCAGCGAGCUGAAUCGUAUCCUUCUCGGCCUUCAUUCGCUUACACCAGCAGGUGGCACUAUUUAUACUCACUGGGGACGAGACGAUUGUCCCAACGGUUCGGAACUGGUCUAUUCAGGAAGUACAGCAGGAGCCCACUACAGCCACACUGGCGGUGGUGUCAAUUACCUUUGCCUCCCCAAAGAGCCCAUCUACAGUGAAGUAGAGACAACUGCCCACGGGACGCGAUCCCUGCUUUACAACGCGGAGUACGAGACAAGCACUGCCCAAGUCCUGCAGGAUCUCCAUGACCAAACCCCAGCUUGUGCCAUCUGCAGAGCACCUCCAACCAGGCUUACCAAGAUCAUGAUUCCAGGCCGUAACGACUGCCCGUCUUCAAAAUGGCGCCUGGAAUACAAGGGCUACCUCAUGUCGAGUCUGUACUCUCAUAAGACCAGGACCGACUUCGUUUGCAUGGACGAGGAUGCAAUGGGAAUUCCUGGAACGACCGGAAGUCAAGAUGGGGCCCUUUUCUACAUGGUGGAGGCUCGGUGCUCCCCGGGAGGGAUACAGUGUGGGCCAUAUGUGAACGGAUACGAGCUGACGUGUGUUAUUUGUACAAUUUGAUUCAGCUAAAGACAAGACUUGAAUGGCGCUAUAAAGAUCCGAAAAUCAAAUUUAGGAUAAAAACACCAAGGGUCAAUUUCGACACUCGCCUGAUUACCAAAAUAAUUUCUUACGGACAUAUUUGUAUUCAAACUUCGGGCAAAAAUACGUACACACCCAACAAAAUUGUGUCAGCAAAGCAAUGUAUAUACCAAUCUGAAAUUCAGAAAACAAUACCCCCAAAAAAAAUAAUGUGAGUAAAUUAAUUGAAUAAGGGCGGGCGCACGAGCAGUACAUGGUGUUGAACUUUAGUAUGUAGGUAUUGCCAAAUUCAAACUAUUAAUAAUCGAUUUCGAGCAUACGGAUUACAUUUUGAAAUAUUUUCAGUUUUUAUUAAAAGGUGUUUUACUGAUUGUUUAUUGUUUACAUGCUUUAUUUUAAGACGUCAAAGAAAUAAAAGUGGAAUGGUGGAAAAUGAAUCAAAAUAAAGUGUUUGCAAUAAGCGAAUUUUUAUUAUCAUGAUUGAAUGAUCUGAUAAUUAUUGUAUUUGUUUUUUUGCAAAUCGAUGAAUGAAAACUUAGAUCACCUCUGAUUUCUAUACAUUCACGAAAAUGAUACGAUGCAAUAUUUUGUCCAUUUCAAAAUAUAUUGUUUAUCAUUAACAGAUUACGUUCUUGUUACGCUUUAAAAAGUGGUAGCGAGCAUAUUUUUAGUGACUUUAAAAGCACUAUUCCGAUUCAAGACCAAUGGCCUUUAGCUGCUCAGGUCAAAUUGUAAUAGCAAAUUUACAAAAUUUGCUUAUUGCGUUGAGCUCUGCAUGUUAGUAUAUCCUUAAUGAAAUACAUUUCAAUUUUUAUUUGGAUUCUUAUCUGGAUUAUAGCCAUUAGUAUUCGACUUAAUAUAACUAUAGGCCUAUCUGUAAUUAUGUAUAAACAAUGAUUCAAUUGAUAGUCUAAACUCUAUAUUCCAAGAAUUUAAAAUAAAUCCAGAUCGGCUGUGAAUGGUGACCAGCCGAAUUUUUACUUUUAAAUCUCAAAAGAUUUGAAUUCAAAUCUGUUAGAUCUAUAUCUAAAUCAACAAGGUUUAAAUCUAAAUCAAACAUUCGGCUGGUCACUUUUCACAACCGAUCUGGAUUUAUAUCAAAUCCUUGGAAUUUAGAGUGUAGUAUUUAUCAAUUGGCCAGCAGCACAACGUGAGAGGAGCAAUCUACAAUCAAGACAAGAUUACAAAACAAAAUUACAUCUAGGUAGGUAUAGGGUAUAAAAUUAAAAGGCCGAAUGAUUGACUUGCCUCAAUAAUGGAAAUUAACUUGCAAGAUAUACAUAUAUAUGACCGGUGUGUUGGCUCAGUUGAUAGAGCGUCCGUCUCACAACCGGGAGUUCGGGGGUUCAAACCCCGCGGCCGUGUCAGACCAAAAGACGUUAAAAGAUGGCAGUUGCUGCUACCCUGUUUGGCGUUCAAAGAUUAAAGGGAUAGAGCCUCGUCGAUCUGGCGCUGCACAGCGGCUGCCGGGCCCACGAUCAAUAUUGGGCAAAACAAUUUUUUUGAGUAUUUCAUUUCAUGUCUAUUUCGAACAAUAAAAUAUGGAUUUUCAUUUUCAUGUA